AAUAUAUUUUUUAUUAAACAAAUUAAUACACAAUAUAUUACAAGAAGAAUCUUAUGGGUUUAAAAUCCAAAUAAAUCUGUCGAAUCAAAAUUUUGUGGGCUAAAAACUUUUUACCGAGGCGUUAUAUUUACAAGUUUAAACAUAAUUUGUAAAACAUUUUUAAAUUGCGCAAAGUAAAAAAUAGGCCGGCCGUGCGAAAAAAAAACUCAAGAACAAUAACAACCCUAUCAUUAGAGCAGGUACACGCAUAGAUGGCUGUGAUGAGUGCACACAAACGCCAUUAAAUCAAAAGAAUGGCUGUGUCAUAAAAAUCCAUGUCACACAAUAGACCAAACUGAAAACAUAAUUAUGAGUACUUAACCAGAAUAAUAGCAGGCGAAAGAGAAAAGAAGAUGGCAAGAAGAGGAAGAAGCAGCAUAAAGAGCGCGAACGUGUGCGCCACUUUUGCGACAUUGCACAGAUAUCAAGCGUAUUUGUAUUUGUUGUUGUUGUUGGUGGCAAUAAAGGUCAUCACUAGCGGUGGCAGCAGUGUCAGCAGCAGCGGCUCUAACACCAUUUGUAUAGUCGUCAACAGUUGCAGGAUCUGCCGAAAAAAUCUGGAAUUCUCUCACUUACUCUCAGCUAAGGCAAUUGCAAUUGAGAAAGAGCAAGGGAAACCACACCCUUAAUGUACGCUUCCGCGACAGCCAAUGAACGAACUCAAAUACAAGAGGGAUGAUCAGCAACUAUUAACAUGGAAAUGAAAGCAACAAACCAAAGUGCAAAGACUUUACAAGUGAUUGAAUAAUACGAAGUUGUUCCAAGUGGUGCCAGCACACGGCAGAAAAAGAUGAAUUCCGCCGAGGUAUCAUCGGAAGCUGCGGAAAACAAAUACAAUGCCGCGCGCUUGUCACCAGCUUCUUCAAGUCGUAUACUAUAUCAUGUGCCUUGCAAAGUUUGUCGCGACCAUAGUUCCGGUAAGCAUUACGGCAUCUAUGCUUGCGAUGGUUGUGCCGGAUUUUUUAAGCGUUCCAUACGACGCUCACGCCAAUACGUUUGCAAGUCGCAGAAGCAAGGAGUUUGCGUGGUCGACAAAACACAUCGCAAUCAAUGUCGCGCCUGUCGCUUGCGCAAAUGCUUCGAAGUUGGCAUGAACAAGGAUGCCGUACAACAUGAACGUGGACCGCGUAACUCCACAUUGCGUCGGCAAAUGGCUUUGUAUAAGGAAGUUGUAAUGGGCCCAGAUCCAUUGCCAACCGAUCUGAUGAUUAGUCAUAGUAUAUUUAAUGGCUUUCCAAUGACGCCUAUGCUAAUACCGAGUGGACCGCCACCACCUCCACCACCACCACCACGACAUCAUCCACAUCCAGCUUUAGGCAAUCCUUUCCAGCCACCUAUAGUUCUGGAUCUAUCCGUUUCACGUGUAGCAGCGCACCAUGCCAUGCAUCAGCAUCCAUUUGGGUUUUUUGCGCAAAACUCGUUCAUGAAUCGUUCGUUGCCACCAACACCGCCAUUAAUGGCCGCAGAGCAUUUAAAAGAGACUGCCGCCGAGCAUCUCUUCAAGAACGUGAAUUGGAUUAAGAGUGUCGAAGCAUUCCAGCAAUUGCCAAUGCCUGAUCAAUUACAAUUGUUGGAGGAAUCAUGGAAGGAGUUUUUUAUAUUAGCAAUGGCCCAGCAUCUCAUGCCGAUUAAUUUUCAACAGUUACUCUUUCUCUACGAAUCGGAGAAUAUGAAUCGUGAUGUGGUUAAUAUGGUGAAAUGCGAAGUACACUUCUUUCAAGAGGUACUCAAUAAAUUGUGUCAUCUCAAUAUUGAUACCAAUGAGUAUGAGUGCUUACGUGCAAUCACGCUCUUCCGUAAGCCAAACGGAAGCGAAGAUGCUGCUAACAAUUCAUUUGGUACUGGCGAAAGUAGCAGUCCAAAUUCCAGUACGUCCGGUGAUUCGCGUGGCCCUGUCGAAUCGGCCAGAAUAUCCGGUCUGUACGAAGAGGCACGUAGUACCUUGCAAGCUUACGUGAUGCGCACGAAACCAACACAACCAUUGCGUUUUCAAGCAUUGGUCGGUAUAGUACCACUGCUCAGCAAAGUGUCGGGAUUCACAAUCGAGGAGUUAUUCUUCCGAAAGACAAUUGGCGAAGUCAAUAUCGUCCGGCUAAUUUCCGAUAUGUACAGUCAACGCAAGAUUUAAAAUCGCUGCGUUCUAGAGUGCUGAGAAAAGUUACAAACGCAAUCGCUAUCGCAACCGCAAAACUGCUGCCGCAAUAUUUAUAUAUUGCCAAUAAGUUGCGCGCGGGAUCGCUUAAAUGGAUUAAUUGCCUUAACGGGCGCUCGUUUAGAAAAAGUGCUUUCGCACUCCAAGUGCCUUGCUAUAUAAAAAGUGCUGGAAACUGUGAUAUGCUCUCGUACUUUAGAGGCGAAAGCUCCUAUCUGCUUAAUAAUAAUAAUCUUAGUGAAUUUAGUUGUAAGCAUCGAAAGGUGAAGAUCAAGAUAAUAUCUUAUCAAAUUAACGCAUUUACAGUGCAUUCGAAUAAUAUUCAUAUAAUUAUGAGAGGAAUUCGUUUCUCGCCCAAACUUAAGGGCCUUCAAAUGAUCACUCGCAUAAUGGUGAAAUUUAUUUUAAUUUUUUUAAUGUAUUCAAAUAAUUUUACUCAACUUUUUUAUUUGCACUUACGAUUCGAUUUUAAAAGUAUGUGUACAAUAUGUAUUUUGUAUUAAGAGCAUAAUCGUGGAAAUGUUUAUUUAUUACUUUUUUUUAAUUUUUA